AACUUCUCUUCCGCCUUUGUCUCUUGCUUGUACGCUGGCAGGGAGGCUUCCUGAAUUAUCGCAGGUAGUGCAGAGACCCAGUUGGGCUUUGAAAGGGCCACUUCUUCUUUCAGUGUUUUGCAGCAAUGAGGCGGCGUUAAGCGUUUCCCCAUGACACACGCUGCACUGGCUCUCUGCAAGUGAUGCCUGCACCCGUCCUUCGCUGGCAGCCCUCUUCAAACCAGGAUCAAAUGGCUCCAAUCCGGGCCACGCUGCUGCUGCUGUUUUCGAGUCUGCUCCAGGCCUCUGCUUACAAGCUGCCAGCCAUCCAGCUCAGUGGCCAAGAUGGCACAGUUCGAGAGAGCAUGGCACCAGGCGGGCUUCCUGUGGCUGGGGGCGCUCAGCGGGGCCAGUGGGUGUGGGACACAACAGGGGCUGGGAGCACUGACUUCCCCGUGUUCAUCCGUGAGAAGAGGGAAGCUGAGGUGAAGUCAUCCAAUCGUUCUACUGAAGAGACCACCACUACCGGCCACCACAACACAUUCUCCAUGACUCUUCCUGAGCAUCCCAGGGAAGAAACUGAGGUCUCUCUAGCUCCUGAGGAGCUCGAUGAAAGUACGUCCCAAGAAAACUUCUAUGAUGAUGCUACCAUUACAGCAGAACCAUUGUCUGCUGACAGCUCUGACAACGUCUCCACAGAAGUGGCCAGAGUUACAGUGGAUAACCAUCUUGAUACCUUAGCCAAGGCAGCCCCAACUCAGGGCUCCAGCACAGUCUCCUCAGAAGCGGUAGCCGCUGGGAUGGAAGAAAUCCUCACGAGCAGCACAGAGAGUAGGGAAUAUGGCUCCUCCAUCAGGCCAGAGGGAAUGACGGGGCUUAGGGAAAGCUCACCUACUUCACCACCUGAAUCUCUGACACAGUCCUCUGAAGGAGUCCUGCCUGUGAAAGAGUUGGCCACUUGGAGGUAUGGCCUCUCCACGGUGGGAAAGACCCAUUCUCCUCCCACCAGGCCCCCGGCAGGUGGCUCUGUCACAGCAAAUGUCCCCUUGCAGAAGCUGUCCGUUCACACAAAUAUCCUGGUGGGGAAGUGUUUGCUGGCCAUCUUCAUCCUAGCCCUUGUGGCUGCCAUCUUCAUCGUCUGCACCACCGUCCUCGCCACCCUGCUGUGGCGCCAGAAGCGCGUCUGCCAGGUACGCCAGCACAACACCACUGAGAUGGUGUGUAUCUCGGCCCUGCUGCCCGACAGCGAGCCGGUGGCCAAUGGGGAGAAGCCCAGCAAGGUAAAGAGGAUGAAGAUGCCCACAGACAAUAGCUCAGAGACCGAAGGAGACAACCUGACUCUGAGCAGCUUCCUGCCGGACCAUUAGACACCUUGCCACCUGCCCAGGGGUUCUCCGAUUCUCAUUUCCUGGGCUAUCUAGCCCCCUCCUGGGAACUGGAGUGACCCUCUCCAUCCCGACAUCUCUUGGGUGCAGUGUCCUAGGUGGCCAUCUAACUAGGCUUAAGGUUGCCUCAGUCUGUGUUACAUGAGUAUGAGAUGUACUGUAUUUAGCCACGACAGGGCCCAGCCCUGAGAACUGCUGAACAACCCCAAAAGGCACUUGGCAUCUGGCAAGAGAGUCUUCAGCGAAGAGCAUUUACCAGGAGCAGACACUGCUGAGCAUAUGGAAUGGGGGCCCUGGUGACCCUGGUUGGUUUUUCCAUCUGGCUUGGGGAUUUUGAAACUGCAGUUCUGUACUCUUGACCGUCACCUGCCUGCUGCGUUUUUGAUGCUCUCUCUAGCAUGGGCACAAGGGGCCAGAUCCUUAGCUGGCAUGAAUCAGACUGCCCCUGGGAAGCCGAAGGAGUUAGCCCAGCUGUGGACCUGGCCCAGACAGUGUUACAACUGGGACGCUGCUUUAAUUUAUGUAAUUAAUGUACAAGGGUCAUGUAACUAUUUUGCACUUAAAUGGGUGAAAGAAUCUCAAUUUAAUGUUUUGUUCAAAUGAAUAACACAAAAAUCUCUGU